AGAAUCAGCGGGGUGGUACAAGGGCAGAAGGAAGAGAAAGAGAUGAUGUUCAGCUGAAAGGAGAAAAAAAAAUUGCACGAAUGAAGAGGCGACAGCGAAGUAAAAGGAAAAAAAUGGAGGGACAGAAGGAAGUUGGGCCCAAAGGGGGACAGGAUGCUAAUGAAGGGGAUGAAGGAGGAGGGGAGGGUGAAAAGGAUGAAGACAAGGAAAGCAUCGCAGGAGAGAAAGUUAACAGUGCUGAAGUCCACUGUGACAGUGAAAAGGUGUUGGAGCAAGAAGUAAGAGAUAAUUUAAGAGGAUGUUUGAUAAUAGAUGAAGAUUCAGCCCUAGAGAAGGAGGAAAUAAAUAGUGAAAACUGUACCAUCAAAGUUGAAGACACAGAGGAAGUUUUAGAUGAAGUUGUAGACGAACUGGAGGAAAAUCCAGAUGAAAGUCAGAUUGGCUCACUGGAAUGGCAGAAUCAAAACAGAGAAGAAAGUUAUGAAGCUCAGGAAAAUGGCAGAGAAAAAGCAGUUAGUAAAAUUGUUGACAGAAGUGACACAGGUGAGCCAGAAGGAAAUGGGGAGGAGGAGGACUUAAGAAAGGGUAUUAAAGAAGAAGUAUGCUCAGAUGAAUCACCAGUGGGAUCGCCAAUGAGUCCCAUGGAAACCUCUCCCUCUACAUCGGCUGUGCCACAGGAAAAUGUUGUGGCUCAGUUAAACCAACUUCAGCAGACAGUAGUGUCACACAUACUACAGUAUCAGGCAGGAGUAAUGGCACAGUUCCAACAGCUGCAGCAGCAGAUGCUAUCUCAGCUAACUUCAGGAACUCCUCAGACCACUUCAACAGCAGGAGUCAAGAAUAAUCGUAAACGUCCAGCAUCUAGUAUGAGUAGUGCUGAUACUCGUGAAGAUAAACUUACCUUAGCAGAUAUACACUGCAAGCGCAAGCGAACUGCAUUUGAUCAAAGACAAUAUCAAGUGCUUGAGACAACUUUUGAACACAACAACUUCCCUGAACCCAUUGACCAGCAUUGCAUUGCUCUGAGGAUUAAGACCCCAUACCGCAGCAUCAAAAUGUGGUUCCAGAAUAGACGGGCCAGCAUUCGCAAGCGAAUGUCACCAAAAGAAAAAGGAGUAAACUCAGCAGAGAAAACAAAAAAUGCCAGUGAUCCAGAUGCAAGAUGGUACUGCACACUUUGUCCAUCUACAUUCAUUUCAAAAAGAUUCCUAGAGAAUCACAAGGAAGCACAUGAAAGAGAGACUUUAUAUUGCCCACACUGUAAUAUGGGUUUCACCCACAAGGUAUUGCUAGAUACACACAAGAUUUCUAAGUGUUCCUCAAAAACUGGAGUAGACUUGACUCACCUUGAAGAUGAGUAUUCAAACACAGCAGUGACAAAAAAGGGAAAGAUACAAAGAGUUGAAAAGAACAAAUCAAGCACAUUGGCUGCUGUGAAUAUUCAAUCUGCUUUGCCACUCCUUAUGUUACAACAGCUACAAAAGCAGCAACAAGAAGCCAAGCAAGAUCAAAGCGAGGAGCAGCAUCCAAUAAAGAGAGAAAAGGAUGCUAUCCAUGUCCCACCAUUGGUCAUGGCUGGAGCAGGGCCUCAGAAAGAGACUAGUAACCAGGAAGACACUUCACAGGAGCAUCAGUCACAGCUGACAGUGAUACAACAGAGGCGACUCAUGCAACAGCUUCUGUUGGUUCAGUUACAGCAAGCACAAAAAGCGCAACAAAAAGAAGAAAUGAAACAGGAUGACUCACAGCAACCUGCAAGUCCCAAUGGCUCACUUACUGUUGGAGGUUUGACAAUAUUUCCUGUGAAAUCGUCACCAUCAGACGAACAGAAAAUUAAAGUUGAGGUGAAGGAGGAGCAAGAAAACGCGCCACAGUCGGACCCAGAAGAUAAGCAACCUUCAUCUUUACAAGAUCAGAUUACAUCUAUUCUGCAGAGUCAGGGACUCAAGUCUCUUUGGAAACCACCAGGUAUUAAAACAGAGGUGGACGUGUUGGAUGCGAAAGCUGAGAAGAGAGAGUCGAUGCAAGAACAAAUAAAUGCCAUUCUGAAAAAUCAGGAAGAGAUCAGAAAGAGGAUAGGGAAGAGCAAUGAAGAAGAUUCUACUGAUGUGUCAGGCAUGAAAAGACAUCGCAGAAGAACCACUGUGUUUAAUGAAGUUCAGCUUAGAACUUUAUACAUGCACUUCACUUACUGUAACUUCCCUGAUCCCUCCAUGUUCAAGAUUAUUGGACACCUCACAAAAUUGGAGCCUCAGGUCAUUAAGAUUUGGUUUCAGAAUGAAAGAUCAAGACAAAGAAAACGUGCUACUCAUAUAGUUGAUGAAGUGAACUCAAAGGAAAAACCCUACAAAUGCAGAGAUUGUGGAAUGUCCUUUGCCAUGUUGACAUUCCUUGUGAAGCACAGCAUGCGUCACAAUGGAGACACUGACCAGGAUGAAUUUGUUCGAACUUGCCCUCUCUGUUUGCAGAAGUGGAACAAAGAUGUCUUUGCCUCUCAUCUGAAGAGCCGACAUAAUGUGAAUCUGAGUUUAGUUGAAGAGAAAAAUGUUGGAAAUCUAAUGUGUUACUUAUGCGAUGAAAAAUUUACUGAUCAAGAAAGUUUAAUGAUUCAUAAACACAAACAUCUAAAGGAUGAUUAUGGAGAUCCUCCUGAAUGUAAAGAAUGCAAAACGACAUUUGUCAAUGCUAUCUGUCUUGAAGCUCACAUGGAAACACAUCGCCAUAAAGAGUGGAACUACAAGUGCAGUCUAUGUGGUGCCCUCUUCCAUGACAAAAUACUGUUAGAUUCACACAGAAUGGGCCAUGGUGUUCCUCUUGCUCCUGUUAGCACAAUUGACAGAUCAAGGAGUCAGCUUCAACAUACAUCCGUUAGAGCCAUCCAUGCUCGUGCUCGCAAGACAGUAGCAUCAGCUAUCACAAGUUUGAAUACAUCCCUUCCUGAAAACAAGAUUGCAACAGAAACAAAACCCAAUUGCAGUAGUCCCCCCAGUACUGUAUCUUCAACUACAAAGUCUUCAACAGCAUCUUCUAUUUCAAGUGUUUCUACCAUUUUAUCCCCAACUUUAGUUACUCCAUCACUAAUUAACAAUCAAGCAAAUAGCACCAUCAACAACAUACCUUUCUCCUCUACACAGGGACCUGUAAGCUAUGUGAAAUUGAUACCAGUACAGCUUAUCCCUGUAACCUCAAUUUCUGGAUCACAGUCAAAUCAAAAGCCUGGUUGCUUAUCCACUGUGACAUCUGCUGGAAUUACUGCUCCAACAACAACAUUCAUAUCAGUCCCUGUGUCAUUAAAGGGCUCAACAGAUGCAAAUCCUAUUCUCAGCCAGUUGCUAGACCCACCAUCAGUACAGAGUAAAGUUGAAUCAGCAACAGGUCUCAAUAAAUCUAAUGAUAAAGAUUUGAAUUGCAAGAAUAUUAAAAGCAAAACCCUGCCAAAUUUGAUUCCCAUUAUUUCUCCCCUUCCUAAAGAGGUUAAAACAGAAAAUGAAGAUGUCAUUGAAAAGGAUAGGGGAAAUUCAGCCAGUGAUUGUGAUGAAGAGGAUAAGAGUAAUAUUGAUAAAGAGGAGGAGGAAGAAGAGGAGGAAGAGGCGUUGAUGACAACGGCAGAGAGUUCAGCCAAUAAAAAGAAGGCGAAAAAGCAGAUUGUGAAUGGUGUUAGUACUGAAAGUAAAGUUUCUAUAUUAGAGCAAGAAGACAGCAGAGUAUCACGAGAUUCCUCUACUGUAAUCAACACCAGCUAUGUCAAAGGUAUUAAAAUUGAAAUACCGGAACAUUACAACUCUGGGGAACUGACUACACAUCAGGUUGCAAGUACAAAGCGAUAUGUACCUAUAUUGCCAAUGAUACCAGUUGAAGUGGGUUCCAAAAAUCAAGCUGCAGUUGGCAGUACUGACACAUCAAUGUUGCAAAGGACAAGAAGAGCCCGAAACAUACCCAACAAAAGGUUGUGGCAGUCCUUUGAUCCAGUUGGAUAUAAAC